AUCAUGGUGUCUGCAGAUUUCGCUGAACGGCCAGUCAAGAAGCUCGUGCUAUUCGAUGUCGAUGAGACGUUAACGCCCGCACGUCAGAGGGCAUGUCCAGAAAUGAUCCAGCUCUUACGCGACCUCAAAAAGCAUGUUGCUAUAGGCUUUGUUGGUGGGUCUGAUUUCGUCAAGAUAUCUGACCAGCUCAAUGUUGGUGAUUUCAAUGUUCUGGAAUUUGACUUUGGCUUCGCUGAGAACGGCCUUAUCGCGUAUCGACUCGGAAAGCUGCUAGAGUCUCAGUCCUUCAUCAAAAUGGUAGGCGAAAAGGACUAUCAGGAGCUGGUCAACUUCAUCUUGCAUUACAUUGCUGACGUGAACAUCCCAAUCAAACGUGGAACAUUCGUCGAGUUCCGCAAUGGCAUGAUCAAUGUCAGCCCUAUCGGCCGCAAUGCAACUAUCAAGGAACGCAAAGAUUUCCAGGCUUACGACAAGGAACACCACAUUAGGGCGGACUUUGUAGAAAUUCUCCGGGAGAAAUUCAAACGACUGAAUUUGACAUUCUCUAUCGGUGGCGAGAUAUCAUUUGAUGUCUUUCCGCAUGGAUGGGACAAGACUUACUGCCUUAGACAUGUCGAGAAAGAUGACUUCGAAGAAAUCCACUUUUUCGGGGACAAGACAAGCAAGGGGGGUAACGACUACGAGAUUUUCAGUGAUCCUCGUACUGUCGGGCACACCGUUAAAAAUCCUGCAGAUACGAUGAGAAUCUGCACAGAACUUUUCCUGUCAUGAAGUGCUCAAUAAUUUCGGAUAACAGUUACAACUAUACCAAUGACUCUUCGUAACUAUACAUGGACUAGCUUAUAGAUUGCCAUUCAACCUUGCAAUUGACUUGGACUGAAUUGUGUA